CUGUUUGUAAUGGCAAAUUUAUCAAUUUAUGCUUGGAGAGCUUUGACACACAAAUUACAUUUUCAACCAUUUCUUUUAAAUACAAAACAAAUUAAUUUGAAUAAUUCAAGUUGUUUCAGCUCAAUCAAUUUAUUCAAAUUUAGUCAAUUUUCAUCUAAAUCAAGUUUCAAGUCAACAUGUCGCCGAAUUCAUUUCUGUGCUCAAAGAUUUCGAAUGAUUGAGGGUACAGAAAGUAUUCCACCACCGAUUCCUAUGACGGAAGAAGAGGUACAUCAACGUGUUUUGAAGGCAAUCAAAGAAUGGGAUCGUUUUCCACAAGACCGUGUUGCAAAACUUGAAUUGGAUGCCCGGUUUGUUGAAGAUCUUAGUUUUGAUUCUCUUGAUUUGGUUGAAAUUGUUAUGUCUUUGGAAGAUGAAUUUGGAUUUGAAAUCUCUAUUGAGGAUUCUGAAAAAUUCAAAACGCCAAGAGAUGCUGCAACUUACGUUAUUGAUCAUGAAGGAGUUAACGAGGAUGAGGAAUUUUAGGAAAUAAAGUAAAAAUAUUUUUUGUUUCUC